AUGGCCGACGUAGAGAUGACCGACGCCCCUCCCAAGACCAAGACCUCCAAGGCCGACACUGCUGCCGAUUCUGGAAAGAAGCGCUUCGAAGUCAAGAAGUGGAACGCCGUUGCUCUCUGGGCCUGGGACAUUGUCGUCGACAACUGCGCCAUCUGCCGUAACCACAUCAUGGACUUGUGCAUCGACUGUCAAGCCAACCAGGCAUCCGCUACCAGCGAGGAAUGUACCGUAGCCUGGGGCAUCUGUAACCACGCCUUCCACUUCCACUGCAUCUCACGCUGGCUCAAGACCCGUCAAGUCUGCCCUCUCGACAACAGAGAUUGGGAGUUCCAAAAGUACGGCCGAUAA